AUGAAGAACGACCAGGCCAUCACGAGCGGAGCAAGACCCCUCGAUGUGAGUAAGAAAGGUGGUGUUUACCGGACGUCCUCCGUCAAGAGCGACGGCGAGCUCGGUGAUGUUGUCCAGGACGUGGAGAAGACGAAGAGAGGUCUCAAACCCAGACACGCCCAGAUGAUCGCACUUGGUGGAACCAUUGGCACUGGUCUCUUCGUGGGAAGCGGUAGUACCCUAGCUCGAGGUGGCCCGUUGUUCAUCCUCAUCACGUAUUCUAUCGUUUCAGCUAUGGUACUCUUCGUUGUCACUGCGAUUGUCGAGAUCUCGGCCUACCUGCCUGUAUCUGGAGGCACGAUGGGUUACUACGGACAUCGAAACGUCUCGAAAUCGCUUGGUUUCGCUAUGGGCUGGCUUUACUGGUACUCUCUGGCAGUAUGCGUUCCAUACGAAAUCACAGCAGCUGGAAUUGUUAUUCAAUAUUGGGACAUUGACGUCCAUAUUGGUAUCUGGAUUACCAUCUUUAUUAUUGUCAUCGUGGGCCUUAAUACACUACCUGUACAGUACUAUGGGGAAACUGAAUUCUGGUUUGCGUCUCUCAAAGUGUUCAUGAUGAUUGCGCUGCUCAUCUUGUCCUUCAUCUUGUUUUGGGGCGGUGGACCCAACCAGAAUGGCAUCCUAGGAUUUCGCUACUGGAAAGAUCCUGGCCCGACCAAGCCUUACCUUCGAACAGGUAGUGCUGGACUCGCGAUCUGCUUCUUCAAGGUUCUGAUCUCUUCUGCCUUCCCCUUCCUGUUCGCGCCCGAACUGCUCGUUGUGACCGCUGGUGAGAUGAAGAGCCCGAGACGCAACCUUCCCGUAGCAGCCAGGCGGUACUUAGCACGUCUUAUCUUCUUUUACAUCGGCUCCGUGCUCGCCAUAGGGGUUAUUUGCCCUUCGGACGAUCCACGGCUCACCAGCGGUGGCGUUGGUGCAGGAUCCUCAGCGUUUGUUGUUGGAAUCGCCAAUGCGGGCAUAAGUGUUCUGGACUCCAUGAUUAAUGCCAUCGUCAUCACCUCCGCAUGGUCUUCCGGAAACUCUUUCUUGUACAUGUCCUCGCGUUCUCUGUACUCCCUUGCCGUCGCCGGGAGUGCCCCCAAGAUCUUUGCCAGAUGUACAAAGCAAGGUGUGCCGUACAUGGCCGUGGGAUUCACCGCGCUCUUCAGCGGUCUGGCGUACCUUAACGUCGCAUCCGACAGUGCCAAGGUCUUCAACUGGUUUGUCAACCUGACCAACACCUGCGGCUUCAUCUCCUGGAGCUGUUGCUGCUUUACCUACCUCCGGUUCCGCAAAGCGUGUGAUGUGCAGGGUGUCACGUACCCCGAGAAGAUCCCCUACCGGUCGUGGAUGCAGCCGUACGGGGCCUACGCGGCCCUCGUCUUCUUCCUCUUCCUGGCCUUGAUAAACGGCUUUGACAUCUUCUUGGGGCAACGCUGGUCCAUGGAGACCUUCUUCACCGCGUACAUCGGGAUCCCCGUCUUCUUGUGCAUCUACUUCGGACACCGGAUCUGCAGCAAGAAUGAGCCGUGGCUCAUUCGGGUGGAGGAUGUCGACCUGCACACCGGCAUCGACGUCGUUCUUGCCAACGAGUUCCCGGAGAAGAACGCGGGUACUUGGAAGAAGAAGCUGCAGGGGAUGUUUACGUAG